AUGAAGUUCACUGUCGCUGCUGCCGCUCUCGUUGCUGGUGCCUCUGCCGCCGAGUUCACCAACUCCACUGGUAACUUUACCACCAUCACCUCUGAGGUUGUUGCCACUUCUACUGAAGUUGUCACUGCUUACACCACCUACUGUCCUCUUGCUACCACCAUUGUCGAGAACAACUCCACCAUUGUUGUCACUGAGGCCACCACCCUCACUGUCACCAACUGUCCUUGCACCAGAACCAAGACUUUCACUACCCUCACCACCACUGUCUGCCCUGUUUCUGAGACUCCUGCCCCUGCUAAGUCUGCUGCUCCUGCUGCCCCUACCACUGAGGCCGCUGCUCCUACUACUGAGGCUGCUGUCCCUGCUGCUCCUACCACUGCCGCCCCUGCUGAGGAGUCUGCUGCUGCUACCGUUGCUCAAGGUGCCGCUGGUCACGCCGUUGUCGGAUCUGGUGCUUUCGCCCUCGCCGUUGCUGCUUACUUCCUUUAA